AUGAACCUUGGUAGCUCAAAAUACCUCGAAUUCCUUAACUUGGGAGGAAAUCAGUUGUCAGGGGAACCUGGAGUUCCUGAACUUAGGUUCCUUUCUUCUAUAUUUAAUAGCAGUUCACUGAAACAUUUAUUUUUGAGUAGAAAUCCUCUAGACGGGAUCAUGCCCGAUUCAUUUGGAAAUUUCUCAUAUUCCCUCGAGGUAUUUUUUGCAACUGCCUGCCAGAUUAAGGGCCCUAUACCCAAGACGAUUCAGUUGUUGAAAAAUCUGACCUUCCUUGCCUUAAGUGACAACAAUAUUAAUGGGAAAAUACCAUCAUCAAUUGGAGCAUUGGAAAUGUUGCAGAGAUUGUAUCUUGAAAACAACAAGAUUGAAGGGCUCAUUCCUAAUGAGCUUUGUCUUUUGCGGAACCUGGGAGAUCUAUCACUAGGAAAUAAUCAAAUCUCUGGAUCAAUCCCAAAUUGCAUUGCAAAUCUCUGGCGCAUUCAAAGACUUCUUCUAAGUUCCAAUGGCUUGACAUCUGCAGUACCAGUGAAUUUACGGAAUCUUGAAAAUCUUCUGUUCUUAAAUUUGUCAUCCAAUAUUUUCAGUGGAUACUUACCUCCAAGCAUGAAAAGGUCGGUUGCUGUUCAGAUAGUCGACUUAUCUCACAAUGAAGUUACUGGGAACAUUUCAAGCAUUGUCGGAGCCUUCCCAAGCAUAAACUCUCUAAGCUUAGCAAACAACUUGUUUAUAGGAUCUCUUCCGCAAACUUUGGGUGAUCUGAAAGGAUUGGAGUUUUUGGACCUAUCAAACAAUAAUCUGUCUGGGCCAAUUCCAAAGUCUCUUGAAACACUGAAAUGUCUGAACUACUUAAAUUUAUCUUUUAAUCAACUCUCUGGAGAGAUUUCUUCUAGUGGAGCUUUUAUCAACUUCACUGCCCUAUCAUUUUUGGAGAAUAGAGGCCUUUGUGGGAGACCGGAGUUUGGAGUCCCACCUUGCAUGGCUCUUGGAACUCAGAAGUCAAAGAUGGCAAAUCAUUUACUCAAGUAA